GGUCCUGCCUCUGGACUAUGCGGCGCGCUCAGCAUGCUGCUGCGCCUAGGAGUGCUGCUGGCGGCGCUGCUCAGCCUGCUCCGAGGCCCCGGCGCGCACGGAACAGAAUUGCCUGGCCCUCCAUCUGUGUGGUUUAAAGCGGAAUUUUUCCACCACAUGCUGUACUGGACGCCCAUCCCAGAUCACUACAAAAACAUCUACUAUGAGGUGGCGGUCCAGAGGUACGGGAUGAAAAUCUGGAAGACCAUCCCCUACUGCAGCCGCACUCUGUCACUGUCCUGUGAUCUUACCAUGAUGACUCUGGACCUGUACCACAGUAAUGGUUACCGGGCCAAAGUCCGAGCAGGAGAUGGCAGCCGGCAGUCCAACUGGACGGCCCUGGGGAUCCGCUUCACUGUGGACGAAGUGACCCUGACAGUUGGCAGCGUGAAACUAGAGGUACACGAUGGCUCCAUCCUCGGGAUCAUCCAGCCCCCCAGGCCUCAGGUGGCCCCUGCAGGUGACACGUAUGAAAGCAUCUUCCAUCACUUUCGAGAAUAUCAGAUUGCUGUUCGCAAAGUGCCCGGGAACUAUACGUUUACCAGCAAAGUGAAACAAGAGAACUUCAGCCUCCCUGCCUCUGGAGAGGUGGGAAAGUUCUGUGUCAAGGUGAAACCCCUGGUGAGCUCCCGAGUCAACGAGGGGAGGUGGUCCCAGGAAGAGUGCAUCCUUGUCACCAAGCCAUAUUUCACUGUGACCAACCUGCUCCUGUUUGCCUCUGUCCUGCUGCUCUGUGGGGCCCUGGUCUACUACCUGGCCCUCCGGCUGUACGUGCGGCGCCGGGGGAAGCUGCCCACUGUCCUGGACUUCAAGAAGCCCAGUCCCUUCAUCCUCGCCAGCCAGCUGCCCUGCCCAGAGACCCCUGACACCAUCCAUCCACUUGAUGAGGAGGCCUUCUUGAAGGUGACCCCAGAGCUGAGGAGCCUGGACCUCCAUGGCAGCACAGACAGUGGCUUUGGAAGUGCCAAGCCAUCCCUGCAGACUGAAGAGCCCCCGUUCUUCCUGCCCGGCCCCCACCUCCAGGCUGGUGGGACUCUGGGGAAGAGGGAGCCCCCGGAGCUGGAAGACAACUGUAGGAGUGGCAGCAGCAACAGCACAGACAGCGGGAUCUGCUUACAGGAGCCCAGCCUGGGCCCCAGCACGGGGCCCACCUGGGAGCAGCACAUGGGCAGCAACAGCCGGGGCCAGGAUGACAGUGGUAUCAGCCUAGUUCAGAACUCUGAGGAGCAGCCUAGGGACACACAGGGUGGCUCAGCCUUAGGCCACGAUGCUCCCCUGGGACAGGAGGGGCCUGAGGAAGAAGACCCAGCUGUGAUGGCAUUCCAGGGCUACCUGAAGCAGACCAGAUGCACAGAGGAGAAGGCAACCAAGGCAGGCUGCCUGGAGGAAGAGCCCACCAUGACAGAUGACCUUGGCCCUAAAUUUAGGACGUGCCUGGAUUCAGAGGCAGGCUGGCCUCCACCAGCCCUGGCCAAGGGCUAUUUGAAGCAAGAUCCCUCAGGAAUGACUCUGGCUCCCUCAGGGGCCACAGUUGAACAGUGGGACCGACCAGCUGUGGAGUGUCCAUUCCUAGACUUGAGCAGCUGUGGUGAUCUGGGGACAUCCAGCUGGAACUUCGCCCAUGACCUUGCUCCUCUGGAGUGUGUGGCAGCCCCAGGAGGUCUCCUGAGCAACUUUGACGCAGACCUGGUCACCCUGCCACUGGUCUCCAGCCUGUGCCCAAAUGAGUGACCAGGCCAAUGGGCUGCUUUUGAUUCUGGCUGGGCACUCUCUUGACCUGCACCAGGAGGCAGCUUGGGGGUCAAGUGAAACCUGAGGCCAACCUGGGCACUUUCCAGCAAGCCUGUGGGGGCCAGGGCCGCCUGCAGUGCCCGGGGCAGGAGGAGGGCAUCUUGCAGGAGGAGGCAGGUUGUGUGGGUGGCUUUGCCCAGCUCUGCAGACGCUGGCAGGGUUCAGGGCAGGGAGGAGACCUCCCUCCUUGGGACUUCCAGUAUCGUUAUUCGCUCACAGGAACCGCAGAGUUUUCUGGAGUUGUGUGGUGAGGUCUGAGUCAGCUCAAGGGACCAGCAGUUAGUGUAAUGGCUAUGUUGCUGGACUACCAUGUAGUCGACCACAGUUCAAGUCCUGGACCUGGUGGCUUAAACUCACGCUGGGCGCAUGUGUGUGCCGUGCCCAAGAU